AUGACGGAAAAGUCUUGUCAGUUUUCGUUCUUGUUCAGUACGAGCGCGUUCUGUGGUUUUGUCGGCGAUUGUCGUGACAGUGUCAAUGCUGAGGCGGUUCUGUCUCGUCAGCGAGACUUAUCAGAAUCUGCCAAGGAUAACAUCAGAAGCAGAAUUACUUCCACGGUACAAUCAGCCUCUAUACAUGACAAUAACUUGACAAAAGACGAACAAGAAGCACUGAAACGACUGAAAAACGACAACAACAUUGUUAUACUACCAGCCGACAAAGGACGUGUCACUGUUGUUAUAACGACAAACAAACUUACGAAGAACUUAAACGUGACCCGACGCCAGCUCUUCAACUGUACCGAGACCGCUAUACAACAAACUACUGUUAAACUACCGUUACCGACAGAGGACAUCAUAGACUUACUGAACCUUUGCCUUACAUCGACUUACUUUCAGUGCAACGGUAAACACUACAUACAGUUGGAUGGAACAGCCAUGGGGUCGCCUGUUGCUGUUGUUGUCGCAGAAAUUGUAAUGCAACGUGUGGAGGAACGCGCCCUUGCAACUUGCAGACAAACGAUACCGCUUUGGUUACGCUACGUUGACGACACCUUUACCGCCGUUCACAAAGACGAAAUUGACGCUUUUCACGACCACCUAAACGAACAGAACGCCGACAUCCAGUUUACUAUAGAGAUCGAAGAAAAUGGAAAACUUCCUUUCCUAGACUGUUUGUAA